AUGCCGUCCACCAUCCUGGACGAUGCGGACCGGCUCCGUCAGCGCUGGACGGAGCUGGUCACUGACGUGACCCCGUCACACCUCCCUACGGGUAUUUUCUCGAAACGUCAGACCAAGGCUCCCGUAGGGAAGGUGGACGUCCACCUCGAUGUCUCCUUGAUGCAAGCGUGCGCACAAGAACACGAUGUGCCGGCCUUGCAUCUGGUGCAAGCGGCUUGGGCUGCCAUGCUGCGCGCAUACUCCAGCUCCGAUGAGAUUACAUAUGGGGGCAUCGGUCUGCAACCACACAGUCAGAAGUCGCAGUGGACAGACGCAGCUCUGUGCCGAGUACGGCUGGAACCCGACUUGUCCGUCAUCUCGAUUGCUGAGCAGACCCUGAAAGAAGGGCUGCAAGAAGCGGACCUACUGGUCUCUGUCCCCGAGGCCUUGCAGGUCUUUUCGACUCUGGACCCCAAGCCGGGUAAUACAGCAAUCUGGCUGCGGGACUCGACAGCCAAGGCAGAAAUCUCCGAAAAUGAGAUUGUCGCCGAGAAGACUUUCGACUACGUGCUACGAAUUGACCCCUCGUUAUCAAAACUAAACUUAAUAUACCACAAGCCGACAGUCUCUUCAGCCCAAGCAGAAUACAUCGCUAAUACCUUCGCCGAUAUCUUGCACAAUAUUGGAGCCUGGAAUCGCAUUCUUCCCAAAGGCAGUGCCGUGUGCGUGGAUCGUUUAAUCGAAACUGCCGCACAGCGCACCCCAAAUGCGCCGGCUAUCUCCUCCUGGGACGGCCAGAUGACGUAUGCUCAAUUCAACCAGACUGCAUGCCAUGUAGCGCAGUAUCUGGAAUCCGUGGGGGUGCACCGAGGACAGCUGGUCCCAGUGUGCUUCGAAAAGUCCCGGUGGACUAUCAUCAUUAUGGUUGCCUUGUGGAAGGUCGGUGCGGCCUGGGUGCCUCUGGACCCGCGGCAUCCACGUCAACGCAUUGAGACGAUCGUUGAAAGCAUCGAGGCUACGACAGUCAUCACCUCUGAAGCCCACCAGGCGCUGUUGGCCGGCAUCGCCCCGCAGGUAAUCACACUAGACCAGACUCUGAUCCAGGUGAUUGAGCAGAGCUCGGAUGUUGAGUUCGUGUCCCAGUCGCAGCCCCAUGAUGUUGCCUUUGUUAUGUUCACAUCUGGGAGUACCGGCAAGCCCAAGGGUGUGGUGCAUGAACAUGCGUCUGUCGCUUCCAGCGCCCUCCACCACGGCCCUGCCAUGAACAUCAAUGAAGAUACCCGUGCCCUGCAGUUUGGUGCCUAUACCUUCAUUAUCAGCACCUUUGAGAUCUUCACCACACUGAUCUUCGGAGGCUGUCUCUGCAUUCCGUCAGAUCACGACCGCCACACGGACGUCCGCCCUGCACUCCGCUCCAUGAAUGCGAACUGGGCAAUCUUCACACCCAGUUUCGCUCGGUCGCUCACCACUGAAGAUGCUCCUACCUUGAAGACACUCCUCCUGGCCGGCGAGGCAGUCGCUCAGGACAUCAUCGACCGGUGGGCUGCGGUCGCUCGCUUGAUCAACAUCUACGGUGCCAGCGAGUGCUCGGUAUGUAUGGUCGGGCCCAUGGUCACGGAUACGCCACGCAGCUGCAUCGGCCGAGCGGUCGGUGCCCUUUCGUGGAUUGUCGAUGCGAACGAUCACGACCGACUGGUCCCGAUUGGCGCAGCCGGAGAACUGAUCAUUGAGGGUCCAACCUUGGCGCGUGGCUACCUCGCGGACCCGGAGCGGACACAGGCCGUCUACAUCCAGGACCCAAAGUGGGCUCAGCAAAAGGGCAUCACCCAUCGAUUCUACAAGACCGGAGACCUCGCUCGCUACGGGGAUGACGGCAGGAUUCAUCUCAUCGGCCGCAAGGACUUGCAGGUCAAGAUCCGAGGCCAGAGAGUGGAGCUGACCGAGAUCGAGGCCCAUAUGCGCGCAAUCAACAACCAGGUCAAGACGGCGGUGUCGAUGGUGCAUCCGCAAGGCAAGGCUAUGCUGGUUGCUUUCAUCUCCCGCCAGAGUGGCUUUGGCCCUGAGUUCCAGCACGCGUUCCACGCGACGCCCGCGGAUCAAGUCAGCAUUGCGGCCGCAGCCUCGCAGAUGAACACCGAGCUGGUCCGGAGGCUACCGCCAUACAUGAUUCCCUCUGCGUUCAUUCCGCUGGCCUACAUGCCGUUGACAGCCUCGGGAAAGACUGACCGACGUAUGAUCACCACCUUUGGGACCGGCCUGUCUUUGUCGGAAUUGGCGGCGCUCGCUGGAGGGGCGGCAACGACGACGCGCACGAUGCCUUCCACGGCGGAUGAGAAGCAGCUGCAGCAGUUGUGGUCCGAGAUCUUGCACUGUCCACCAGAGGAGAUUGGCGUGGAAGAUAACUUCUUCCAUCUGGGUGGUGACUCCAUCGAAGCCAUGAACCUCGUGCGGAGAUGCCGUGCCGAGGGCUACCAGCUCCAGGUCAGCGACAUCAUGGAGAAUCUGGUGCUGCGAGAUAUGGCCAAGGUGAUGGUGCCCGGUCGUUCCUCGUCUGAGCUCCCGCGUGCUCGCCCCUUCGAGCUGCUCGGUGAGGACGAGGACAGCAUCCGUUCCGAAAUGCUGACGGCAAGUGGGUUCCAGGACCCAGAUCUCAUCCAGGACGCCUACCCUUGCACACCGCUGCAGACCGGUUUGAUGGCUCUGUCGGCCAAGAUCGCCGGUUCAUACAUAGCCCGUCAUACCCUUGAAUUGCCUGCGAACCUUGGCAUUGACCGCUUCAAAGAGCUGUGGGAGAUUGUCGUGGCUAACAACGACGUGCUGCGUACGCGAAUGGUCGAAACAGACCAGUACGGGACCGUGCAGAUGGUCGAUCGUGGCCGCAUUCAAUGGGGUCGUGGAUCUGACUUGGAGGAGUAUCUUCAGGCCGACGAAGCGAUCCCCAUGCACGUGGGAGAUGCUCUCACACGACACGCCAUUGUUACUGCCGAGAAGACCUAUUUUGUCUUGACCAUUCACCACGCCAUCUAUGAUGGGCUUUCCCUGGAGAUGCUGUUCAAUGAUUUGCUGGAUGCUCUGCAGGGCAGCGUACCUCCAGCUCGGCCGCAGUUCCGCGACUUCGUCCAGCACGUCAUGGAGAAGAACCACGAGGAGACCACGGAGAACUACUGGCGCAACGAUUUGAUUGAAGGCGAUUUGAUCGCGUUCCCGACGCUCCCCUCAGCCACGUAUCAACCUCUCGCCAACGAGGCGCUCAUUCAAAAGUUCAAGAUCAGCCGGAGUGGUCCUUCUGAUUACACUACCGCAACCCUGAUCCGUGCUGCCUGGACGCUACUCCAGGCCCGCUACUGUGACUCCCCUGACACCGUGUUUGGCUGCACCGUCAGCGGCCGCAAUGCAUCCGUGCGGGGGGUGGAAGAUGUUGUUGGGCCGGUCAUUGCCACGGUUCCCAUCAAAGCGCACUUGGAGCCCCAGCAGUCGGUCACCGAGUAUCUCAAGGCAGUUCAUGCUCACUCGGUUGCAAUGACUCCUUACCAGAAUUAUGGUCUGCAGAAUAUUGCCAGGGUCUGCGACAAUGCCCCUUCUGCAUGCGGUUUCCAGACCUUGCUGGUCAUCCAGCCGGCUAGCUCGGUGCCUGAGGCCAGUUUUAUCCUACCUUUCUCUGCACCGCGUGCAAGUUUCAGCACCGUGGCCCUGACCUUGGAGUGCAGUCUGUCGGCCGAGGGUGACAUCCUCGUCCAUGUCCACUUUGACAAUGCGGUCCUGCCUCGCGGACAGGUCGAGCGCAUCGUACAACAAUUAGAGCAUGUUUUGCAGCAGCUUGCCCAGGAGCCCGUAGGCACUCUUUCGGAGCUGGAACUGAUCAGCCCGCGAGAUAUGAAUGAUCUCCUGCAAUGGAAUAGCAGGAUUCCCGAGGCAACUGAAGACUGUGUUCAUAAUCUGAUCGCCCAAAACACGCUGUUGAAUCCGAAAGCCCAGGCCGUUUGCGCUUGGGACGGCAGCCUCACCUAUGCCGAGCUGGACAACAUCUCCUCAAGACUCGCCGCUCACCUGAUGGAUGCUGGUGUCGGUCCCGAAGUCUUCGUUCCUCUAUGCUUCGAAAAGUCCAUGUGGACUAUCGUCGCGAUGCUCGCCACCAUGAAAGCUGGCGGAGCCUUCGUCCCUAUGGAUGCCUCGCAGCCGACGAGCCGCAUGCAGCUGGUUGUCAAAGAGGUCAGUGCCCAUGUUAUGCUGUGCUCAGAGGAGCAGCUGGGGCGCUGCCCUGGUCUCGUCGAAAAGGCCAUUGCUGUGGGGCCUGGAAUGGCGCAAGCGUCUCUGCAGAAGAUGUCGAAGACGCCUGUCUCGCCGUCCAACGCUGCCUAUGUCAUCUUCACCUCUGGCAGUACCGGUACACCCAAGGGUUCUGUCGUCGAGCACCGCGCCUUCUGCACCGGUGCUCUGUCGCAUAAGGAAGGACUGCAGAUGGGUCGUCGCGUUCUCCAGUUUGCCUCGUAUACCUUCGAUGCCAGUGUCCUGGAGAUCUUGUCGACGCUGGUGCAAGGUGGCUGCGUCUGCGUUCCCUCUGAGUCUGAACGCCGCGGUAACAUCGCCGAAGCUAUCACUCGCAUGAACGUGGACUGGGCCGUGUUGACGCCUUCGUUUGUGAGCACUAUCGAUCCGACCAGUGUGCCUACAUUGGAGACGCUUUGUCUGGCAGGCGAGGCGAUGACCGCCACGCACGUUGCCACCUGGACUCCAUAUGUCCGACUGGUAAACGGAUACGGGCCGAGCGAGUGCUGUGUCUGCAGUUCUUCAAACCGACGGGUCGUACCCGGCACUGCUCCUAAUGACAUCGGGACCGCUGUCGGUGGCGCUUGCUGGGUGGUUGACCGGGACGACCACAGCAAGCUGGCCCCCGUCGGAUGCAUCGGGGAGCUGUUGGUCGAAGGUCAUACCCUGGCCCGUCACUACCUCCGGAACGAGGAGAAGACCGCUGCUGCCUUUAUCUCUCGACCCUCCUGGCUUCCCUGGACCCGAUGCGACCGGCUGUACAAGACUGGCGACCUCGUCAAAUACGGCCCCGACGGCUCGCUGCUCUUCAUCGGCCGGAAGGAUACCCAGGUGAAGAUCCGCGGGCAGCGUGUGGAGCUCGGAGAGAUUGAAUACCACCUUUGCCUGCCCACCGAGGUGUCUCAGGCCAUCGUGUCCUAUCCCAAGAAGGGCAUCUACGCGAACAAGCUCAUUGCCACCCUCGAGCUGACCGCAACCAGCGGCGAUGGUCUGGUCCCGGUCCCGAGUACCACGCUGCAGAAGACCGGAUUCGACCUGGCCACAGUGUCCCGGUACAUGGGCGAGACGCUACCCGUGCACAUGGUCCCGGUCAUUUGGAUCGUGGUAGAGAAGAUCCCCAGCUCCUCGUCCACCAAGAUCGACCGCAAGGCAGUGGAUACCUGGCUAGCGCAGCUACCAGCGGAUUUCCAGCCGACCAUGGGUCUCCAACGGAACGAGCCCACGGUGUCCACGCUGCGACCGGAUGAGGGUAAGGCCCUGGCUAUCAGCAACAAGAUUGCCAGCCUGGUCAAUCGCGAGGGCAGCCCUUUGCAGGGCAAGGACUUCAACGUCUCCUCUAUGGGGAUCGACUCCGUGCAGGUCAUCAGCUUGGCCAGCUUCAUCAAGCAGACCUACGGCGUCACGGUCGAUGUGUCUCGCAUUCUGGACGGGCAGAUGACCGUCCGCUCGCUGGCUGCGCUCAUCGACAGCGAGUUGACCGGCUCACCGCAGGUCGCGACCUCCUCCUUCGACGCGAUGAAGGAAGCCAACGCGCUCAUGCAGGCGAUCAUCAAGCGCAGCCCCAUGAAGAAGACCGUUUUCGUUACCGGCGUCACGGGCUUCCUGGGCACGCAGAUCCUGCGGCAGCUGUGCGAUCGUCCGGACGUCGGGCGGGUCAUCGCUCAUGUGCGCGCCUCGACCCCAUCCGAGGCCUUCAUGCGCGUCAAGGACGCCGCCGUGCGCGCGCAGUGGUGGUCGGACUACUACCUUACCAAACUUGACGUGUGGGCGGGCAACCUCGCCCAGCCGCAGCUGGGCCUCAAGCCCAGGCAAUGGGCAUCGCUGACGGGCGAGAGCCCCAACGACGGGCUGGUGCACGCGAUCAUCCACGCGGGCGCCGCGGUAAACUGGAACGCGGGCACGGAGAUCCUGCGCGCCGCCAACGUCGACUCGACGGCGGAGCUCAUCAAGGCGGCCGUGAGCUCGCCCGCGCGGCCGCGGCUGGUGUAUGUCUCUGGCGGCCACCGCUGGCACCCGAACGAGGACGACCGCGAGAUUGCGGCGGAGGUGGCGCACGCCAACGGCUACGCGCAGACCAAGUACCUGUCGGAGCUGCUGGUGAAGCAGUUCGCGGCGCGCUACUCGAGUCAAUUCGCCAUCGUCAAGCCGGGGCUGAUCCUCGGCACCCCGGAGGAGGGCGUGGCCAACACGGACGACUUCGUCUGGCGCCUGGCGUCCGCCGUCGUGGACGCCCGCUGCUACAGCCGCGACGUGGGCGAAUCGUGGAUGUUCGUGACGAGCAGCACGCGCGUCGCCGAGGAGACCAUCCACCAGGCGUUCUGUCCCGCCGACGCCAUGCGCACCGUCACUUUCAUGACGGACGGCAUCACCGAGCGCGAGUUCUGGGACAUCUUCCACCACGAGCUCAAAUACCCGCUGCGCGCCGUCGACCACGCGACCUACCUGGAGACCCUGCACCAGUCCAUCCAGAAGGACGCGGCGGGCCAUCCGCUGUGGCCCGUCAUGCAGGUGUUCGAUGCGAUUGACGGUCGUCUCGGCGGGGGGGAUGUGCUGCCGGACGCGAGCGUGGUCACCCCCUCGCAGCGCCAGCACGUCAAGGCGACGGUGCGUCGCAACGUGCAGUUCUUGGUCGAGGCGGGGUUUCUUGCGAGCCCGACGGGCAAGAAGAUGCGGUACAUGGCGGAGAAGGUGUUUCAGCGGUCAGGGGAUGUGUGGGAGAAUGUGAAGGGGAUGGUUAAUGGGUUGGCUUAG